AUGUUGCUGCACAGUGCUAUUGUUUUACUCUUGCUGCACACUACUCUCGCCACAGAUUAUCUGGGCGGCCCAAGGUCUUGGGAGGAAUGGAAAUUGAAAUACGGCAAGACAUACAAUAACGAAGAUCAUGAUUUUCAAAGAAAGAAUGUUUGGUUGGCAAACGCAAGACGUGUGGCGAAGCAUAACAAACGAUACGAGCAAGGACUGGAGAGUUACUACUUACGGUUGAACCAGUUUGCGGAUAUGACAUGGGCUGAGUUCAAUCAAACGUAUCUUUACUCGAGGAGACCCGAACAAAUCCCCUCUGAUCCAGUGCAAAUUCCGUUUAAAACGGUCGGAAAGUUACCGCCAGACGCCAUGGAUUGGGUUCACGAGAAGUGUGUAACCGGAGUGAAGACACAGGGCAAGUGUCAAUCCAGCUGGGCAUUUGCCACGGCCGGGGCCAUUGAAUGUCAGUACGCUUUGGCAAGUAAAAAACUUAUCACUAUUUCCGCACAACAACUGAUUGACUGCUCCACACCAUAUCACAAUCAUGGAUGCAAUGGAGGAAGUGCGGAGAACGCUUACCGGUAUUUAAAUAAGAACCCAAUUGAGAGUGAAGAAAGUUACCCGUACACAGGGAAAGAUGGUAAAUGUGAAGCGGAUGAAGCCAAAGGUUUGGCCAUGGUCAAACUAUUCUACGGUGUUUAUUCGGGCAGUGAAGAAGAACUGAAGGCAUUGGUCGGUUUGCACGGUCCAACAGUUGCGGAAAUAGAUGCAGAUGAGGACUUUAUGCUUUACGGUGGCGGAAUUUAUUACAGCUUCAAAUGCAAACGUGAUUCACCCAAUCUAUCGAUUUUGCUCGUGGGCUAUAAAUGGGCUGCAUUCCACGAUUACUGGUUGGCAAAAACUUCACUCGGUCCCGAUUAUGGCGAAGAAGGAUACGUAAAGAUUGCUAGAGGCUUCUUCAACAUGUGUGGAAUAGCCAACUACGCGAGUUUACCAAUUCUGAAGAAUAUCCAAUAA